GUGUUGCCCACUCGUUGGCUGUGCUGAGCGCAGAAAACGCGGUGGAAACCAAGGGUCUUGCCGCAAAAGCGCUUUUCGUUUCUUUCCACAACAUCCCGGCAGAUGAUCCAGAGAAUCAUUGCUCUAUCGGCCCUCGUUGGCCUGCUCUCGCUCUGGUGGCUCAACCAGAGGAAGAGCUCUGCAGAUAGCCCAUCCAAGGGGGACAGGCCCCGGGAUACGAGCAAGAAAGAAUCCGGCACAAGCGACCCGGAAGCGCUCGACCCUCUCGAUGAGUUUCUCCAUCAGUAUGGCCUCGAUCAACAAAAGCUGCUGCUUCUCGAGAAAGGCUACAACACAAUCGACGUGAUCCUUGAGAUGACCGACGACGAGAUGGCUGACCUGGGGCUUGAGAGGCUCGUGGUCAAGAAGAUCAAAAUUGCCCAGAGAAAGAAUGCCCCUGCGCCGGCCCUCAGCGACGCCGGCCCUCCCACAGCCGCCACGUCGCCGCCCGUUUUGCAGCUCGAUGAGAUCCGGGUCGAGGAGCCUGUUGAGAUACCAAUUGCAGAGGACUACAGUCCAGUGCAGCCCCAGCACAACUGGAUGUGCCAGAACCAAUAUGCUGCCCACGAAGUCUUCAUCAGCUACCGAGUCGAGAGCGACACUGUCAACGCAACGACUCUCCACGGCACCCUGGCUGUCACGCCGCAGGGCCAGACGGCCAUCCAUCCGUACUUGGACGCCCAGUGCCUCUGCAACGGCAUGGACUGGGAGCAGGGCUUUAUAAAUGAUCCAACAUGCACUCAAGUUGAUGCGCGAUGCAGCUGCCACCGACCAUCCCAUCAUUGUCCAGCCCGUGCUCAUGUGGUCUACCCACAAGCUCGGGGACCAGACUGUCAAGAUGGACUACUUCCCUCCGAUCGACAAGUUUCCCGAGUACCCCCCAAAGCACAAAUCCAGCCCUCUCUUUGAUGGGAAACCCAUGACUGUGCGCCGGACGUUCAGAGAGCUGUUCAAGCUCCAAGCCCUCGCUGCAGCGGAUACGGCGGCACUAAGGCACCUGGCUCCAACUUUUCGCGAGCUCGCUACCAAGACCACCAAGGCCAGAGCCGGGGGCAGCGCUUAUCAUCAAGGCGGUCUCAUUGUCUUCACUGCCGGGGAAGCAAAGAAGCUCAAAGCCCUCCUUGAGCCCGUCGACUCCACCCAGGAUCACCAUGCGCUCGAAGCCCUCUAUGUUCAAGGCACCCGCCAGUGGCUCUUUGACAAGGUCAUAGCCUGGACAGACCAAGACGACACGGACUCAGUCCUGUGGGUCAAUGCCGUUGCUGGUGUCGGCAAGUCUGUUGCCGCAGCCAAGCUGGCCAGCUUCCUUCGGGCCAAGAACCAGCU